AGGCCUCCCUGGCUGGCUCUCCUCUCGUCUUCGCCGCCCCUCCAUACUUCCCGCUCCGUCCCUCUCCCCCGCUUUGACCACCUCCUCCGCCAUAUCUCUCCUCCCCCUCCCUUCCGCCCACCACACGCAGCAUCACAAAUAGAGAGAGAGACAAAAACAAAGAGGGGUCGACAAGCACUGACACGACCCAUGUCAAUGUGGCGCGUCUCCCGCUCCCUCCUCCGCGCCGCCUCGGCGGUCGGGCGCGGCGCCGCGCCCAGCCGGUGGGUCCCGCAGCCGUGCGCGCUGCAGCGCUGCGGCUACGCGUUGCUGCCGGAGGCGGCGAGGAGGGACGGGGAGGAGGAGGUGACGGCGGCAGAGGCGAGGCGCCUGAUGCGGCUCGCCAACGUAGAGGCGCUCAAGCGACGCCUCGGGAACGGGGAGGUGAUCCCCUACGCAGACCUGCUGCGCGCGUGCCAGGACUCCGGCGCGGCCCGGACGCGCGCCGAGGCCGCGGCGCUCGCCGCCGCGCUCGACGAGGCCGGCGUCGUCCUGCUCUUCCGCGACAGGGUCUACCUCCACCCCGACAAGAUUGUGGAUCUUGUAAGGAAAGCUAUGCCCCUUGCACUGACACCUGAGAAUGAUCCGGGGAAGGAAGAGCUCAAGCAGCUCCAGGUGCAGUUGGAAGACAUCAACAAGCUUGCACACAAGCAGGUCCGGCGCAUCCUCUGGUCUGGUCUGGGUUUCUUGAUCACCCAGGUGGGCCUCUUCUUCAGGCUCACGUUCUGGGAGUUCUCCUGGGACGUCAUGGAGCCCAUCACGUUCUUCACGACCACGACAGGCCUGGUUGUGGGAUACGCAUACUUCCUCAUCACAUCAAGGGACCCGACCUACCGAGACUUCAUGGAGAGGAUGUUUGAGUCUCGGCAGAGGAAGCUGAUCCAGAGGCAGAACUUCAACCUGGACAAGUACCUUGAGCUCCAGAGGCGCUGCAAGGAUCCCCUGGAGAAGGCCUGCGGCACGACCAACCCUGACACGGCUCAUCUUCAUGAGCUCUCCGUUCACAAAUGACAAAGAAUUCACCAUUGCUUCACUACUCAUUCCAUUCUAUGGGAGAAAUGGUCCCUGCUAGCAAUAGUAAGCGGUGUUUCAGAUACCUUUUCCACGGUCUUCUCCUAUGCAAAUGUGUAGGUCAGUAUAAUUUUUUUGGGGGUAAAUUUGUAGCGAUGCUGAAACACAAGCUAGUUAAAAGCCAAACUCAUCCGCAUGGCUGGAUGCUUACUCACUACCCAGAACCGCGCGAUUCUGUGGUCUCUACUAAUAUACUGUUUCAUUGUGCCUAAUUAGCUUUAUUAUGAAAACUCAUUUGUUGGUGGCUAAUAUUGUCCUAAUUAGAGACUUGUAUUUGAUCA